GUCCCGAGGUGGGUUGGGGUUGGAGGGAAGGACCUGCGGAGAUUCUCCGUCACCCCUUGGGAUCCGAGUGGAGGCAAUAGAAAGAAGGCUAGGGUGCAGGGCGCCGAUCUAGGGCGUGCCCACCCUGUCUGCCCGGCCAGCCCCAGGAGCAUCCCCAGUCCAGGCCCUGAGCGAUCGCGAAGGACGAGGAGCUGGUGGAGGAGGGACCUGGAGCCCCGAACUUGCCGGGGAAGUGGCGGGAGGGCGGGGCCGGGCCCUGGUCUAGGCGGGAGGAGGGGCGGCCGCAGCUGCAUCCAGCUCGGCUGGCUUCCUUCCCAGCCCUCUUUCCCUCCUCCUCCUCCUCCUCUUCCUCCUGUAUGAGUCAGGCAUUUCCCGGGGAAUCGGAGCAGCCACGCGCGGCCCGGGAGCCCGGAGCUGCAGCAGCGGCGUCUGCAGCUGAGGCGGCGGCGGUGGGGCUGCCACCGCGGCGGCCACCCGCGCUCCGGGCGCGCAGCGACCAUGGAGAGAACGACCCAGAGCGCAGACAGCGGCGGCGGCGGAGGCAGCAACAGCAGCAGCCGUAGCAGCAGCCGCGCCACCUCGGCCGGCUCCUCGCCCUCCUGCUCCCUGUCUGGCCGAGGGGUGGCCGGCCGAUCAACGGCCGCGGGACUGGGCGGCGGGGGCAGCCGCAGCAGUCCCGGCUCGGUGGCCGCUAGCCCGUCCGGAGGAGGCGGCCGCAGGAGGGAGCCGGCGCUCGAGGGCGUGCUCAGCAAAUACACCAACCUCCUCCAGGGUUGGCAAAACAGGUACUUUGUGCUGGAUUUUGAGGCUGGCCUGCUGCAGUAUUUUGUGAAUGAGCAGAGCAAACACCAGAAGCCCCGAGGAGUCCUGUCUUUGUCUGGAGCCAUCGUAUCCCUGAGUGACGAAGCUCCCCACAUGCUGGUCGUGUAUUCUGCCAACGGAGAGAUGUAUAAGCUGAGAGCUGCAGAUGCGAAGGAGAGACAGUUCUGGGUGACUCAGCUUCGAGCGUGUGCCAAAUACCACAUGGAGACCAGUUCCAAGACUACUCCAAGCUCCCGAAGCCGAAGUCUCACUUUGCUCCCCCAUGGAACGCCCAGUUCUGCGUCUCCCUGUAGCCAGAGACACCUCAGUGCGGGGGUCAUGCAUCACAAGUCGUCUGCAGCUGCCCGAAGAGCCAAGAGUCAGUACUCCGGCCAGCUUCACGAAGUCAGAGAGAUGAUGAACCAGGUGGAAGGUCAGCAGAAGAACCUCGUGCAUGCCAUCGAGUCCCUUCCAGGCUCCGGCCCCCUCACUGCCUUGGACCAGGACCUGCUUCUCCUGAAGGCUACCUCCGCUGCCACCCUCAGCUGCCUUGGGGAGUGCCUCACCCUGCUCCAGCAGAGUGUGCGCCAGGUGGGCCCACCCAGCCACAAGCCAGGGCCCUCCGAAACCAUCCUGGGAUGGCAUGGGCCCACGUCACAUUCCACAGACCAACUGAAAAAUGGGACCCUUGGCUCUUUGCCCUCGGCCAGUGCUAACAUAACAUGGGCAAUUCUACCAAACUCUUCGGAAGAGGAGCACGGCUCCCAGCCGGAACCAGAGCCAAACUCAGGCCCUGAACUGGUUCUGUCCGAAGAAGAACAAAGCGAUAAUGAAGAUAAGGAGGAGACAGAGCUGGGCGCCAUGGAGGACCAGCGCAGUGUGAUACUUCACCUCAUCUCCCAACUCAAGCUGGGCAUGGAUCUAACCAAGGUGGUGCUCCCCACGUUCAUUCUGGAGAAGCGGUCCUUGCUGGAGAUGUACGCAGACUUCAUGGCACACCCCGACUUGCUGCUGGCCAUCACUGCUGGGGCGACGCCGGAGGAGAGAGUCAUCAGCUUUGUGGAGUACUAUCUUACAGCCUUCCACGAGGGCCGCAAAGGCACCCUGGCCAAGAAGCCCUACAACCCCAUCAUCGGCGAGACCUUUCACUGUUCCUGGGAGGUCCCCAAGGACAGAGUCAAGUCGAAGAGGACUUCUCCCCAUUCUCCCGUUAGUUGCCAUGAGCAUCCGCUGGCUGACGACCCUGGUAAAAGCUAUAAGCUCAGGUUUGUGGCUGAGCAGGUGUCCCAUCAUCCGCCCGUCUCCUGCUUCUACUGUGAGUGCAAGGAGAAGAGACUAUGUGUCAACACUCACAUAUGGACCAAAAGCAAGUUCAUGGGCAUGUCCGUGGGGGUCUCCAUGAUAGGCGAAGGUGUGCUUCGGCUCCUGGACCAUGGGGAAGAAUAUGUCUUCACGCUGCCCAGUGCCUACGCCCGCUCUAUCCUCACUGUCCCAUGGGUGGAGCUUGGAGGGAAGGUCAACAUCAGUUGUGCCAAGACCGGGUACUCUGCCACCGUGACAUUCCACACAAAGCCCUUCUACGGCGGGAAGGUCCACAGGGUCACAGCCGAAGUGAAACACAACCCAACCAACACCAUCGUCUGCAAAGCGCAUGGGGAAUGGAAUGGCACCUUGGAGUUCACCUACAGCAACGGGGAGACCAAAGUCAUCGACACAACUGCCCUUCCUGUGUACCCGAAGAAGCUCAGACCUCUGGAGAAGCAGGGGCCCAUGGAGUCCAGGAACCUCUGGCAGGAAGUCACCCACUACCUGCGGCUUGGGGACAUGGACGCAGCCACAGAGCAGAAGCGGCGCUUGGAGGAGAAGCAGAGGGUGGAAGAGCGGAAACGGGAGACCCUUCGCACACCUUGGCGGCCCAAGUACUUCAUCCCAGAGGGUGAUGGCUGGGUGUACUUCAACCCCCUCUGGAAGACACACUGACGGGUGGAGGUGCAGCGCUGCCCUCAGUAGGCCUGAGUUUGUAGGAAUUAAAGUGGUACAGUAUCAAGGUUCUGUUGGCAUUUUUGCUGAGCCUCUUGUUAGCACCCAAGUCAGAGGGAGGGGUUCUAUACUGUGAAACAUACACCCCAAAUUCUGCCUGAGAGUUUAUUCGAAAGCCAGCUGAGGCCUGUGUGUGCGCGCACAGCACCCGCCAAGGCGAAACUGGGUAAUCUUGAGCUCCUUUUUAUUCAAGAGGUUUGAUGUUUUCUACUUUCCACUUUGCCAAGGUAGUUUUGCACUUAAGGUCUUUUCCACUAGCCCUACUCCUGUCACGUGCAGGUUGAAGUGGCACAGCCGGAUGAAGUCUCUGUCUGAAAGGGGCUCAUCCCUGGCAGAAGAGGAGUGGGCACCCUUUGCUGAUGAGUGUUAUGACUCAAGUUCACGCCCAGGAAAGAGCAAGUGGGCCUUCCUGUGGCUGCUGUGGGUGGCUCUGGAGCAAUCAGAGUCAGGCCCACCAGGUAGCUUUCGCCCAUCUUUCUGACACUUUUCAUGCCGAAGCAUGAGCCUCUGUGCUCUGCCCAGCAGAAGACAAAUCACACAGUCAUGACAAAGGGCUCUGGAAGUUCAAUACACGCAUGCGUACACUACAUGGACUGCCACUGCCUCAUAGCUAGUUGGGAAAAGAGAACAAAUAGUCUGUAUCUUUCUUUCUUAAUUUUGACCCAAACUGCAAGAAAGCCACUGUAACUAGGACACGCGAGUCCCCAUACAUAGUCCCAGCUGAGAAUCAGUCUCCAGCCUUUGCACAGGAGGUCAAACACAGAACCAAACAAAAUCGAGAAAAGCAAAGUCUGAUUGGACUUCUGUUGAGUGCUUAAUUUAUUUUUUACCUUGCCACUCCAAUGAUAUUUAUAAAAUCCAGUAGCAUGAAUGCUUCUCUGCAGUAAUACUAAUUUUGUGCCUUUUGUCUGCUUUCUUAAGACCAACUGUUGACACUUUGUAGAUAUUAGACAAAUAUAUUUCCAU